AAAAUAGCUGUCUGAAUGAAAAUCUCCAAACUGCCAAACCAUUUUGGAGGAAGCUGAGCUAAGACUGCUGGGAUGUCUACUGAAGAGAUGAUUUCAGUAGAUUAUGAAAUAUUUGGGAGAGUUCAAGGUGUAUUUUUUCGAAAAUACACUCAGGUAAGAAUACAACAGUAGGACAUAAGCCAUUAUUAUUAUUUGCCAUUUGAAAGUCAUGUUUCAUACCUAUGCUUAGUAACACAUGGUCAAUUAGCAGGCUGACUGUCAGUCGGUAGAUUGGACAUACGCAUACUUUCAUAGCUACUCAUUUAUGUUUUCAGCUGUAUGAUGUGCUUCAUUUCAUUUCUUUGUCACUCAGUCAGGCUAGCAGGAGUAAGCAGCACUGGCCUGGAGGUCCUGGCCGAGACACAUCAGGGGUUGUAGUGCUGAGCUGGAAUUAAAAAAUAUGUAUACCAUGUGGCUCUUCAAGGAAGUACUCCUGAGUAAUGAUAACCUCUCCUUCUGGUGGUGUUUUUCAGGCAGAGGGGAAAAAGCUAGGUUUGGUCGGCUGGGUGCAGAACACAGAGGCAGGAACUGUGCAGGGGCAGCUUCAAGGUCCAAGCAACAAGGUGAGACAGAUGCAGGAUUGGCUGAAGUCCACUGGGAGCCCCAAGUCACAAAUCAUCAAAGCAGAGUUCAGGAAUGAGAAGAACGUCAAGAGUUUGGAUCACUCAACGUUCAAAAUAGUUCGCCCUUGAAUUUAUUUCAUACAGUAUUACAUUCCAAACUAACGUGUGAGAUAUACUUGUUAUUUAAAAUGAGGAUUGUUUUGUUAGAGUUCCUGAAAUGGAAAGCUUUAGAAAUGUACUGUAAAUAAUUUAAACUUAUUUCAAUGUAUGUUAGGCCUUAACUCUGAAUUGUGUGUUAAUGUGUAAUAUUUAAAAUACAACUAAAAUAAAAUAUUUAACACAAUUUAAUUGUAUAUUUCUUGCUUGAUGAUUUAAGGCGUGUUUGAUCUUGCUUCACAACACUAAAAUAUUCAGUCCUCUAGGAACAUGGUCUUUCAUGCCUUCAGGGGGCAGUGUUUUCUCCUUAAACAGGGUAAGAAACCGGUGUGGCGUAAACUACCAUAGACUUCACAAUGUAAACAGUCGCUGCUGGAAUGAACAUGUUUAGUAAAAGUCGAGGAUUUAGAGGCUUCCAAACGACUUAAAAUCCAGACAGAGACUGCAGACGUUGGUCGUAUGUAUCAAUUUAAAACACCCACCCGCCGCCCGUACCUGUAACGUUAGCUAAAUUGUCGGUUGGAAAGCACUACUUUGAAUCUUGGCUAGCUAACGUUAACAGGAUAGCUAGCUAAUGUUACACAUCAGUGGAUCCUUGUUGUCCUUAGAAAUUAACCAAGGUCGAACGUUAUAAAUAUGAUUAAGUGUUUGUCAAAAGAAGUUCAGGGUAAGCUUCGGUCUGGAAUAGCAAUAUUUUCAUUACAGCAGUGUGUUGAAGAGCUUAUUCUGAACAGUAUUGAUGCUAGUGCAACAUGCGUGGGUGUGAGGGUGGACAUCGAAGCCUUCAAAGUGCAGGUUAUAGACAAUGGCUCAGGGAUGGACAUAGAGGAUAUGGAGUCUGUCGGAAACAGAUACUUCACAAGCAAAUGCAGUUCUUUAGAGGACCUAGAUAAUCUCAAAUUCUAUGGAUUCAGAGGAGAAGCUGUUGCCAGUAUUGCUAAUCUCGCCAUGCUGGUGGAGAUAUCAUCCAGGACCAAAAUGUCUGUGAAGACUCAUGUGAAAGUCUUCAAGGAUGGUAAAGGCUUGGACGUGUUUGAGGCUGAGACUACCCGCCCAUCUGCAGGGACGACUGUUGUUAUUUGUAACUUCUUCCACAACAUGCCAGUGAGGAGAAACAGGAUGGAUAGCGUGCUGGAGUUUGAACGGAUCAGGCAGAGAGUGGAGGCCAUUUCACUCAUUCUCCCCUCUGUCUCUUUCACACUGAAGAAUGACUGCACAGGGACCAUGAUGGUGCAGCUCUCCAAAGCCCGAAACACUUACUACAGGUUUGUUCAGAUCCAUGGUUUAGGUAGGGCCCAAAAGCUUGGGGAAAUCAACCACUCCCAUGCACAGUUUGAACUAAGCGGUUAUGUAGGACGGGAAGGCCACUACAACAACACCUUACAGUUCCUCUAUGUGAAUGACAGGCUACUUCUCAAAACCCGCAUCCACAAGCUGCUGAACCUUCUCCUACGCAAAGUAGGCAGUUCAAGUCGGCAGAAUGACAGCCCUGGUACACCUCCUGCGACUAGGAGCCCAAAGCAGAGAAGAGGAGCCGAGCUACAUGCAAUGUAUGUCAUCAAUAUCAUGUGCCACUACUCUGAGUAUGACAUAUGCCUUGAGCCCGCCAAGACCCUGAUUGAAUUCAAAGACUGGGAAAGUAUUCUGUUCUGCAUAGAAGAGGCGGUGAAAGCAUUCCUGACAAGAGAGAACUUGGUGAGUGAAAUCUCCCCAGAGGAUAUCCAGGACUACAUUUGUAAGAAUGUGUUUAGUGGCCAAACAGCUAGCACAGACGGAGUUAAGGACUCCAUUGGCAAAGGUGUCCAAACACACACGGAGGGUGUUAUCCUGGAAUGUAAUGUUGGAAAGACCCUUGCAUCUGAACUUGUUCAUCGACGGCAGAUAGAAGACUCUGACAAGAUGAAAAGUGUUUAUCAGACAUGUGAUGGAGUUGAAUCAGAGCAGGGUGAUAGAGUAGGAAAACUAAGGGACAAGGAGGUCCUUACGGGUUUUGAACAGGAACAAGAGUAUAAUACCACAAACCCACAAUGUCGACCAAGCUCAGUAGAUACAGACCACGGUCUACAGUAUGAUUCAAUUACAGAUUCAUCAGUUACGGACUCAGAGUCUUACAAGGAAGUUACAAAAGAGAAUGAAAGCAAUGCACAUCUGAAAUCUGCUAUUUCUUGUCCUGAAUCAUCUCAGCAUAGUCUUAUCUUUAAGACAAAGGAAGAACAUCUGAAAAUGAGUAUAGAAGAAGAAACAGAGAUGAAGGAUAAUGCAAGAGAGCAUGUAUCCCUCUCAAGAUGCACUGUGAGAGCACCAUGUACUCUCACUCAGGGAAUCCAGUCAGAGAUGGGCACUAUCAAACAGACACUACCUCAACCACAGGACACAGAACUGAAUCCAGGUGGACACAGAAAAAUCUUUCUAUCACAUCCAUACAUUCAUAGCAGUUUACCCUCUCAGAAAUGUCUCUCCCACCAAAGUAGAAAAGGGCUAGCGUUAGAAUCUAGAGAGAAACUUGCAACAAAACGAAAAUGGCCAUUGGUGGAAGGCCCAGGCCAUCUUCACAUUUACAACAGAGAAAGUAAGGACCUUCCCACUGGCAUCCCUUCAAAGAUUUCUAUGUUCAAGUCAUGUCAAAAGCUGGCUUUAUAUAAAGAGGUUGGAUCUCUGGACAGGUUCAGAAGAAUAUACGGGAAGCUUACCGAAUCCAAUCCAGUUCCUGUCGACGUUAAUAGCAAUUAUUUAGCAAUUGAUGCCACAGCUUCCCAGACCGAACACUUGGCUAUGAAUGCCAAGGCUGUUUUGCCCUAUCUUGAAGCGGAUCAAGAAAGGGAUGUCACAGAGUCACGUCUGGAUCUGAUGAAAGACCACAAAAGCCCGUUAACACUCUCCAUGUUCACCAAACUCAAAUCUCUCUCAGCUCGGAGCAGUGAAAUAUCUUUGGCUACCAAACUCUCUCAUUUAAAACACCAAAGGACAGAGGUUGCAACCAGUGCAUUUGUACAUCCUCCAGAGACCACUUCAAAUGAGGAUAUAUGUCCCCAGGACACUGUAGAAAACAAUGCUAUUCUAGACAUCAAUAAUGGAGAACAACACGAUAACACUGGCCGGAAUCGUGACUUCAUCCCGGGCUGCAGUACAAAUCCUCUGCCAGAUGAAAAGGAAGCAAACAAUGUUACAGCAUCAUGUGAUUGGCUGCAUCACUAUGACGACGCUGUGGGGAAGCUGGUCUACAUCAACAAAGUGACAGGACUCAGUAAAUAUGAAGCACCCUCUGCUGAAGAGAGACAAGUGUCUUGCACGUCAGAUGUCACCAACAUGGCAAUCAGUGUCAUCUCCAAAAAAGGUAAGAACUUGUAUCAUGUGUUUAUCAUAUCUGUCUAAAGCC